AUGCAAGAGCCUGAAGCCCUCAAUCACGUCCGAAAUGCCGCCAUGCAACCCGCUCCGCGGUCCCAGAAGCGAGCCGAGUACGGUGGGCCCGCGAGACAGAAGAUCAAGAGAAGCUCCAUGACGCAGAAGUUUGAGGUCAACGGCAGCGCUUUGCCCUUUGUCGACUUUGAUGUCGGCGAGAGCUAUGCUGGAUUGUUGCCCAUUUCCAACGAAACGGAUUCUGGCGAGAUGUAUUUUUGGUUCUUCCCGUCGGAUAACAAGCUGGCUGAUGAUGAGAUUCUCAUCUGGCUCAAUGGUGGCCCUGGCUGCUCCAGUUUGGAGGGUUUCUUGCAAGAAAACGGCCCGGUGCAGUGGCAGUAUGGAACCUAUCGACCAGUGCAAAAUCCUUGGACCUGGGUCAAUUUGACAAAUGUUGUGUGGGUCGAGCAGCCCAUCGGCACCGGUUUCAGCCCAGUGAAGAGCAGCAAGAGGCCCACGAACCAGAUCGAAGUCGCGUCGCAGUUCCUCGGGUUCUGGAAGAACUUUGUCGACACCUUCGGCCUGCACGGCCGCAAGAUCUACAUCACCGGCGAGUCGUAUGCUGGCUUCUACGUCCCGUACAUCUCCGACGCGAUGCACAACGAAACGAAUACCGAGUACUACGGCAUCACAGGCAUGCAAGUCAACGAUCCCGACCUGACCUAUCCCGACGUCCAAAACGCCAUCCCGUCCGUGCCCAUGGCCGCUUACUGGGGCCCGAUGUUCAGCCUCAACGACACUUUCAUGCAGCGCAUGUGGGAGCGGCAUGAGGCGUGUGGGUUCGCAAAGUACAUGGAAGAGGCAAUGACGUUCCCACCCAAGGGGCCGUUGCCCAAGCCACCCUCCUCCGAUCAUUGUGCCAACUGGAGGGAGAUUGUGAACGCUGUCUCGGAAGUGAAUCCUUGUUUUGAUAUUUACGACGUGACGACCACCUGCCCGAAUCUUUGGGAUGUUCUGGGCUUUCCCGGCUCUUUCGACUAUGAGCCGGCCCCUUGGAUCUACUUCAACCGUAACGACGUCAAGAAAGCAAUCAACGCCCCCGACGUCGAUUGGUCUGAAUGCUCCAACGGCGUCCUGACAACCGACACCAGCGAGCCUUCCAGCUGGACGGUCCUCCCGCGCGUCAUUGAGAAGAACAAAGGCGUGACAAUGGUGGGCCAAGGGCGGGCAGACUUCGUCCUCCUCCUCAACGGCACCAUCAUGUCGACGCAAGGCAUGACGUGGAACGGCGCGCAGGGCUUCUCCGUCGCCCCGCAGAACUGGAACGAUCUCUACGUUCCUUACCACGAGCCCGUUGGGAAGGGCUCGUCCGCGGGGGCGGGCAUCAUGGGCAGUUGGUGGGAGGAGCGCGGCUUCACGCUCUCCACCGUUGAUCUCAGCGGGCACAUGAUCCCGCAAUACCAGCCCAGCGUGGCGUACCGACAGAUUGAAUACUUGCUCGGCAGGAUUGCGAACUUGAGCGUUGUGUCGGACUUCUCGGGUCAGACUGGCAAUUUCGGGAACGGGCCAACGAGCAUGAACAGCACGAACAGCACCGCGCGAGUUUACAGACCGCGAUUGUGA